CACCUGAUCCGCUCGGCCGGGAGAGUCUGACGAGAUCAUCUCAACCUGUGGUUGAAAUACCGCACGAACAACAUUUGAUCUGUACCUGGACUACACAAAUUGGGAAAAUAACGUCUUCUUGUUGCAAAUAAUCAGCAGAACGCCGACAAGAUGUCUGGAAAGGACAGGAUCGACGUUUUCCCAUCCAGAAUGGCUCAGACCAUCAUGAAGGCUCGUAUGAGAGGCGCGCAAACGGGUCGCAACCUGCUCAAGAAGAAGUCGGACGCGCUCUCAAUGCGAUUCCGUCAAAUCCUUCGCAAGAUUAUCGAAACAAAGACCAAGAUGGGGGAGGUGAUGAGAGAGGCGGCUUUCUCUUUGGCUGAAGCCAAAUUUGCAGCUGGUGACUUCAGCACUACUGUCAUCCAGAAUGUCAACAAAGCUCAGGUGAAGGUGCGUGCCAAAAAAGACAAUGUGGCAGGUGUGACUCUCCCCGUUUUUGAGCACUACCAAGAAGGCGGGGACAGCUAUGAGCUGACUGGUCUGGCCAGAGGAGGAGAGCAGCUCUCCAGGUUGAAGAGGAACUAUGCCAGAGCUGUGGAACUACUAGUGGAGUUGGCCUCUCUGCAGACAUCUUUUGUCACUCUGGAUGAGGCCAUAAAGAUCACCAACCGCCGUGUGAAUGCAAUUGAGCAUGUUAUUAUCCCUCGGAUCGACCGCACCUUGACUUACAUCAUUACGGAGCUGGAUGAGAGGGAACGAGAGGAGUUCUACAGGCUGAAGAAGAUCCAGGAGAAGAAGAAGCAACUGAGAGAGAAGACUGAGAAGGAGAUCGCCGCCCGUCUGGCCAAGUUGGGUCCCAUUGCAGAGCCCGCCAACAUGAUGACAGAAGAGACGGAUGAAGACUUGCUCUUCGAGUAAACAUCAUGUUGCCAAGGCAACCCUUAAACCUAUUUAUUCCAUGCCUAUCAGGGCCGUGUCCAAGUCUUCUCGUGAAGGCAAUUGUUUGUGUGUUGUGAUUUGUUCUGUUGUGUCAAUACCGGAAAGAAUCAUACAUUUCUGUCUUUGUACAGAACUACAAGGCAGUUAAAAUAUAAAGAGCAAGUAAAUUGUGAUUAAUAGAAGUUUCUCCUCACAUUGUAUGCUGUAAAUUUUAAAAUGGUUGAUGUGUGAGUGCCAUUACCUCAUUUAUAAGAUGUUUACCUAAUGAGACCCUUGCUAUAACACAUACAUUUAAACAUGUCCUCAAAUAAAAAGGCGUACUCAGUA